UGUCGCUGCAGAGCUCGUGGACGCGAUUAACGUUAUAAUUUACAAUAAUAAAAAUAAGUUGUGAACUAUUUACCUUUUCAAACAACCGACAAUGGCCAGCAUGCUUUUCACUGCUCUGCAGGAGGAAGCACAACCCGUGCAGGGACUGUACCGCUCAUGGCGGAACGACUACCGAGAGGACACCGAUUAUGGAACGCUGAUGAUUCUACAGCUAGCAAUCGAUUUGACCGGCUACCAUUACGUUCUGACAUUAGAGGAUGUGGAAAAUAUUGGGAACAUGCUGCAAGUUGUCCACGAAAGGAUCCUCAAAUCGAGCUACCAGGAUUGUGGCAUAUUUGGUCACUCGGCCGUUCUGAAGCGGCUCUCCAAGUUGCUGGAGCUGUUGAUUGCUCAUGACUACGAUGAACUUCUGCUCAACAAUAUCUGGUUGAACUACUUUAUCCGGCUUUUGGUCACUUUCUGCGAAUCCAACGAAGACAAAUGUAAAAUGGUAGCAGGCUACCUGAGCAUGCUGGUGCUGGUAAAUCUCACCAGUGUUCGGGAACAGCUGCACAAGCGACUGGAGGCAGAGCAACUUGACGAAAGUGAAUCCCCAUCGGAACCGGAAAAGCACCUGCGAUACGUGCACAAAGUGUCCAAAAUGAUGUUUCGAAAUGUUGAAGGUGCUUGCGGAUACGCCAUCACUCUACCGGUUAUCACGGACCUCUUCUGCCGAAUGCUGCAAGCUCAUCCGAUGGUGUACGUCGUGGAACAUUGCAUGCUGGAUCUGCUGGGAACGUUCCUGCAGCACCGCCACGGUAAGAUGUUCCAAAUGGUUGCUGCAUGUUUCAGAAACUUGCUCAACCCUGACAUACAGGAAGAGGUAGUCGUAGAUAGAGUGGCCAAGUUUUUUAUCGAAUCAGCCGGGAAAAGGUUCACACAGUCGAUGUUCAACUAUAAAUCGAGCGAAAAGGUUGUCAUGGAGGUUGUCGUGUCCAUACAGAGACUUAAUUAUGGAAAGGCCAUUUUUGACGAAGCUGUUACCGAAACAUUGCGCCAGCAGAUGUUCCACAAGGAAGAAACGAUCCGAGGAUAUGCCAUUGAUUUCCACGUUUGCACCCUGUGUAGCCCGGACGAAACGGAUGGCGACCGAAAUCUUGAUAUUCUGCAACAUAUCCUAAAGCUGUACGUGCAAUUCGAUCACAGUUCCGAUGCGUUGAGCCAACUGGUCACCGAUUUGUGGAAGUUGGAAUUCUUCGAUGAUUUUCGCAUGUUGUUCAACCUGCUGAAUGAAGAAGCAGCUCGCAACGAGAACCAUUUCAUGGUGUUCUCCGUGGUGCACGUGAUCAACAAAUGCUACGCCCUGUUGAUGAUGGAUUUGGAACAGCAAACCAGCGAUCGUUCUCGUUUGAUCGGUUUGCUCAAGAGCUUCAUGCUGAGUUAUCCACCGGGUCUUCAAAUGUGUAUCAGCUACGAAUAUGCGUACACCGCACUGCUUCAAUCGGUUGAUGCGGCUUACCACGACAAGAUCAAGCGGUACAAUGUAAAUGUGAACCAGUAUUACGAGGAGCUGUUUGCGGUGCUGGAGGAAGUGGCUCGGACGGGAAGCAAUUUCUACGUAAUCAGCAAGAGUCUCUCGGUCAUUCGCAGCUAUGGGAACGUCAUCGCGGACGUAGAGCAAAUGUGGACAGAACUGCUGCAGCAACACGUUAACGAAUUUUUCGAAACCAGAGCAAAAUUCAACAACCGCAACAUCGGAAAAAACAAAGAAUUAACGGAGCAGUACGCAGUCUCAUUAAUUCGAUUGACUGCCUUCCUCGAGCUGGACCCCAAUGUAGAGGAUAAUUUGCACAGCCUGAUGAGCAUUAUGCUCAACGAUUGCCGCCUAUUGGACCGAAUGGAGUUGGACAAUCUGCAAGUGAGCACCUUCCAUCGGUUGUACAAGUGCCUGUUCUUCGUGAUCAUCAAUGGCCUGAAGGAAGAGGUCACGGGAGAAUGCUCGACGAAAGCAAUGGGACUAUUUCAGCAGAUCGGACGGCGAUUGAAGAAGCGUAUGCUGGAGUUAAUGCGCGUAUUGAUUAAACAGCUGCAGAAAUACGAUGAAUCGCUCGAUACGAGCGUGCACGUGUUUAUUAGCCUGUGCGAUAUGCUCCUCAUGACCCAGACCGAUAUUGCCAAUCUGAACAUCACCGAACUGCAGGAUAUGGUGUAUACCGUUGAGCCGACGUUGCUGCAGAAACUGGCAAAAUUUCUGCUGAACUAUGUCUUCUCCAAGAAGUACGAUUGGCACGAGGCUCCGAUAAUGAAGCAAAAGCAGAUGCUCGCCAAGUAUGUGCACCUGUACGAUAUGCACAAAUCGCUGCCGGGCAUCACCGAUACCCACUACGUAGUGGCCAACUUUGCCGUCGAUUCCACCUACGACAAGCACCUCCGGGAUCUGAUGAAAGUUUUGCACCGGGUCGAUCCGUCUCAGUUCUGCGAGGUCAUUUGCCAGGCUGCCUUCCAGCUACUACAGGUGUACAAGUCGGAACCGAGCGUCAAGCAUUUCUUCAAAAAAUUUCAAACAUUCGCGUUGACCGUCCUGACAGCCGACGAUAAGGAGGAGUACUACAACGUGAUGGGUAAGCUGAUUGAGAUGAUGUUGAACCACUUGAUGCACAUCAUGUCGGAUCCGGAACCGGCAGCAGAGCCGAAACGUAUGUUGAAGCUGAUCGAGCCUCUUUUACCGGGAGUUCCGAUCGAGGAACGAUUGAAGCUGAAAAAUCUUCUGCAGAGUCACCCAGAAUACGAACGGUUGACUGACGCGGACCGGAAGGCGGUCAAUCGCUUCGUGAAGCAUUUGAAUCCACUGAACGAUUGAAGCGAUGCUGAUGGUUGACUAACGAAUUGAUUUAUUUAAGUUCUGAUCUUUGAAUUUGUUUUUUUUUUUUUUAUUUAGCACU